UUGUAUUACUACUACUACAGUUAGGUGUCAAUGAUAUUGAACUUCUAGGAAAAGAGAUGUCCAUUGAAUCGGUGGCUGAAGUAGUCUAUAAAAAGCGUCAAAGAGGCCGACUAUCACGCUAUUGGUCGACAAUGGGUUUUAUAUUUCAGAUCGUACGGGACAUCGACCCGAAGCUACGUAUAAUGAUCGACACGUUUACACUGUUGGGAUUGGUCUAUACGGGCCGUAUGGCCAUCGGCCUGAUGAUAGCGGCUGUACGCGGUUUUCGUGUACAUCUAUGGUCCAGGGUUUGGACAUUGGAUCUGAAACGCAAAUACGGCGAAUGGGCAGUGAUUACCGGAGCUACCGACGGUAUUGGCCUCGAGUAUGCCCGUGCAUUGGCCGGUCGCGGUUUUUCCCUAAUACUGGUCGGCCGUAACGAAUCCAAACUAGCAGUGGUUAAACAGGAAUUGUUAGCCCGUACUCAAGUGGUCACUAUUGUAGCCGAUUUGAACAGUGAUGACCCGGAACUGUACGAUCGUAUUGCCGGUGAAAUUGAUGGCCUCAAUCGUGAUAUCGGCAUACUGGUCAACAAUGCUGGGGUUAUGUACGAUUCGCCCAAUCGUUUUAUGGAUCAACCCGUAGAUAAAGUAUGGCAACACAUUCGGGUCAAUAUUGCGGCCGUACUGAUGAUGACCAGAACGGUACUGCCCGGUAUGAUACGUAGGCGACGCGGAUUGGUUAUCAAUAUGAGCUCAAUUGCCGCCUAUAAGCCCCUACCGCUGAUGGGUGUCUACAGUGCCUCAAAGGUAUUUGUCGAGUGGUUCUCGAAGACACUGGAAAUUGAAUACAAGUCCUACAAUAUCGACGUCCAGACACUGACACCAUCGUAUAUAGCGACCAAAAUGACCGAAUUUUCCGAUCUACUACAGAAACCGUCCAUAAUGUUUCCGUCGGCCGAAACAUUUGCGGCCAACGCUAUCGCCACUAUUGGCCGCACCAGUCAUACAACCGGCUACUGGUGCCAUAGUCUGCAACAUUUCCUAACCAAUUGGUUUGUACCCGAUUGGGUCUAUACGAUGUCCAGUUGGCAUUUCCUCAAGAGUAUAGAUAACUCUAAAACUAAAUGA